AUGGGGCCCCCGGGCGGUCGCGGCAGCCCCACCGCCCGCGGCAGCCUGCAGCACUUGCUCCUCUUCCUGCUCUUCGUUGGGCCUUUCAACUGCUUUGCCAGUUACAGCCGUGCAACCGAGCUCUUCUACAGCCUCAACGAGGGGCUGCCUGCUGGGGUGCUGAUCGGCAGCCUGGCCCGUGACCUGCAGCUCCCAACGGCUGGUGGGCAGCACCCUGUGGCCCCACUCUCCUUCACUCUGGCCUCCCAUGGCUUGGGGGGACAGUAUGUGCAGCUGGACAACCGCUCUGGGGAGCUGCACACCUCGGCCAUGGAAAUCGACAGGGAAGCUCUAUGCGUGGAAAGCAGUGGGGCCACCAUCUUUGGAUCAUCUUCUGUCUCCUCUUCCUCCCCCUCAUCCGAGCCAUGCCUACUGCUGCUGGAUGUACUGGUACUGCCACAGGAGUACUUUCGCCUGGUGAAGGUAAAAAUUGCUAUUCGUGAUGUCAAUGACAAUGCUCCCCGCUUCCCUGUGCCCCACAUCCAUCUCUCGGUGCCCGAAAAUGCGCCUGUGAACACCCGCCUGGCUAUUGAGCACCCAGCCCUUGACCCUGACAUGGGCACUAACGGUGUCCAGACUUACCGCCUGCAAGAUAACUACGGUGUCUUCACCCUGGAUGUGGAGGAGAAUGAGAGUGGGGAGAGGACUCCCUACCUGAUUGUUAUGGGGGCACUGGACAGGGAAACACAGGAGGAGUAUGUCACAGUCAUCGUUGCUGAGGAUGGGGGCACACCUCCGCUCGUGGGCAGUGCGACCCUCACUAUUGGCAUCAGCGACAUCAAUGACAACUGCCCGCAGUUCAAUGACUCGCAGCUCAACGUCACCCUUUAUGGGAAUUCCAGCCUAGGGACACAUGUGGCUACUGUCCACGCAGUAGACAUGGACCUUGGAUCCAAUGCCCAGGUCACCUAUUCCUACAGCCAGAAGGUCCACCAGCCAUCCAGAGACUUGUUCCAUCUGAAUGAAAGCACAGGAGCCAUCACACUCUCCACUAAAGUUGAUGGGGACACUCCAAAGCUACACAGACUGAUCAUACUGGGCAAUGGCCCUGGAUGUAUCCCUGCCGUGAUCACAGUUGUAGUGACCAUCAUCAAAGUCAUGAUGAGGCCACCUGAAGUUGUCCCUCGUUUCAUAGCUAAUGAAGUGGAAGGGGUGGUUUACUUAAAGGAACUGGAGCCUAUCAACACACCUAUAGCAUUUUUUACUAUCAAAGACCCCGAUGAAAAAUAUAAAGUCAGUUGCUAUUUGGAUGGUGAUGGACCUUUCAGACUUUCACCAUACAAACCAUACAACAAUGAAUAUCUGUUGGAGACCAUAAAGCCUCUGGACUUUGAGACACAGCAACUGUAUGAAAUUUCUGUAGUUGCAUGGAACUCAGAAGGAUUUCGUGUCAACAAAGUAAUCAAAGUACAGGUCCUGGAUGACAAUGACAACUCACCAGUUUUCUCUGAACAGCUGAUAGAAUUGUCCAUUGAGGAGAACAAUGUUCCCAAUGCUUUUUUGACCAAACUGCAUGCUACUGAUGCUGACAGUGGAGAAAGAGGGCAAGUGUCCUAUUUCUUAGGUCCUGAUGCCCCUUCCUAUUUUGCUUUAGAUAAAACCACAGGAGUUCUUACAGUUUCCACCCAGCUGGACAGAGAAGAAAAAGAAAAAUACAGAUAUACUGUCAAAGCAGUAGAUUCUGGCUUCCCUCCAAGAGAAUCAAUAGCAACGGUUGCCAUCACUGUAUUGGAUAAAAAUGAUAACAGUCCAAGAUUUAUAAAUAAGGAUUUCAGCUUUUUCGUGCCAGAAAACUUUCCAGGUUUUGGUGAAAUUGGAGUUAUAAGUGUCACAGAUGCUGAUGCAGGACAAAAUGGAUGGGUUGCCCUUUCGGUUCUGAAUGGAAGUGAUAUUUUUGUCAUAGAUACUGGAAAAGGAGUUUUGAGAGCUAAAGUCUCCCUGGACAGGGAGCAGCAAAGCUCCUACGUUCUGUGGAUUGAAGCAGUCGAUGGUGGUGAUCCUGCCCUGUCUUCCACAGCAAAAAUAACUAUCCUUCUUCUGGACAUUAAUGAUAACCCCCCUUUGGUCUUGUUCCCUCAAUCUAAUAUGUCUUACUUGUUGGUCCUUCCUUCUACCCUUCCUGGCUCUCCCAUUACUGAGGUCUAUGCUGUCGAUAAGGACACUGGCAUGAAUGCAGUCAUAGCUUACAGUAUCAUAGGGAGAAGAGGUCCUCGACCUGAGUCAUUUAGGAUCGACCCCAAAACUGGUAAUAUCACCUUGGAAGAGUCACUGAUGCAAAAUGACUAUGGCCUCUAUCGGCUGCUUGUAAAAGUUAGUGAUCACGGCUAUCCAGAACCUCUCCAUUCCACUGUCAUGGUGAACCUUUUUGUCAAUGAUACGGUUAGCAAUGAGAGCUACAUUGAAAGUUUGUUAAGAAAGGAGCCUGAUAUCAGUAUAGAAGAAAAGCAGCCACAAAUAUCCGUAGAGCCUACACAUAAAAAAAUGGAGUCAGCAUCCUGCAUGCCUACCUUGGUAGCUCUUUCAAUAAUAAGCUUGGGUUCAAUUGCUUUAGUAACAGGGAUGGGCAUUUACAUUUGUUUAAGACAAGGGAAAAGGCAUCACAGAGCAGAUGAAAACUUGGAAGUACAAAUCCCAUUAAAUGGAAGAAUUAACCUGCACAUGUUGGAGAAGAAACCAGUGGAGAUUUCUAACAUUUGAUGUUUCUUUGUGUAUAAAUCAACCAUCUGAAAAACCCUGGACAACACUGAAACACCUAGCCAUGAUUUGUAUUGACAGAGGUUGCAAUGAAGGACUGGUAAUUUAUAACUUAAUAAUAUUAUAAUUGUAAAUAGCUGUUUACAGUUUUUUAAAUUCAAAUUCAGUGUACAGCUUUUUUAUGAAAUGUUAGUAACUAACAGCUAGCACCCUGACUAUAAAGACGUGGACAUCAUUUCCAGCUUUCAUAAAUCAAUAAGAUCACUGAACAUAAAAAAGGGGAAGGUAAGAUGAUUGUUUAAACUCAAGAUUUAAAAGUCUUUUUAACCACGAGAGGGCAUCAGAUGCUCCUGAGCAGGGAACUGUUCGAGGUACUGUCCAUGAGAUAAACAGAGUAUAUUUUAAAUAUAUUGAUUUUAAUAUAAAAUGCCUAUUGGCAUACAGACAAUACAGACAUUUAACUACUAC